GUGCCAUGCCGCCGGCGGCGUGCAGAGGGCGAAAGAAGCGAAGAUGGCGCUGUGCCCGAGAGAUGUGGAGGAUUGCGAUGUGUGGGCUCUCGAAGAGGCCACGAAGCACGUGCAUGGAUCUGACUCCGAGGUCUUCCAGGAAGCUAUGGCCUUGACGGGAACCUCGUGGAAUCAAUUCACCUGCGAACUCUUGGACAUCGACGUGGACUGUCCUGACGUUAACAAGGGCGACAAGGUGGACAAUUUCGACGUUUGCCAAGAGCAGGGUGACGCUUUGUACACGGAGGACAAGAUACAGGAACUGGCCGAUUCGGAGGUGGUGGAGCAACUCUCCAAGUGUCGGGCAAAGGCUGCUGCGGUUCUGGAGAAGAACUGCAAGCUCGCGAGAAAGAUUACCGCUAAGUUCAUGAGGAAGCUCGGAGACAGCAUGAGGAAAACGUAUUGCCCUGAGAAAACGCUGUCUAACGUCGAGAAAUGCGAUUGGCUGAUAGAGCGCCUCGGUACCUUCGAGGGUGCGACAAAGACAACCA